AUGCAGCUACGAGCCAAGGGAGACGACUCCACAACGGUGGAGCAUGAUGAGCAGGGUACGAUCCUUGACGUUGACGCCCUCAACGUGGAGGAACCCUCCUACGGCCCGGACGGCAUCCGAGGGCUCUUCAGCUCGGGUUAUGUCCUCGGAGCCGCCUUCCUUGCCUCGCUGGGCGGCUUCAGUUUUGGAUAUGACCAGGGUGUCAUCUCCGUGAUCAACGUCAUGCCGCAAUUCCACGCGGCCAUCCCGGGAUCGGCCAGUGAAUUCGGCAAGGGCUUCAUGACCGGCAUGCUGCUCCUCGGCGCCUUUGUGGGCUGUAUCUUCAUGCCGUACCUGGCGGAUAAGAUCUCCCGUAAGUGGGCGCUAACGGUGGUCGUGGUGAUUUUCGACAUCGGGGCGAUUAUCCAGACAUCAGCCCAGAGCUAUGGGAUGUUAGUCGCAGGGAGAGCGAUCGGUGGGAUUGGAGUCGGCACGCUGGCUAUGGGCGCACCGCUGUAUAUCUCAGAGAUCUCGCCGCCUAACUUACGUGGAACCCUACUGGUUCUGGAAUCCAUCUGCCUCGUGUCCGGCUCAGUCAUUGCGUAUUGGGUCACAUUCGGGAUGAGACUGGUGGACAGCGAAGCGUCGUUCCGUCUGCCCUUUGGCCUGCAGAUGGUCAGCGCCACACUUCUUGGAGUUGGCAUCCAUUUCUUCCCCUACUCCCCGCGGUGGCUGGCUCUUGUCGAUCGUCCGGAGGACUGCCUCAAGAGUCUAAGCAAGCUACGCGGUCUGCCGACAAGCGACUCAAAAGUCCAGGCGGAGUUCCGAGCUGUGAUGACGGAGAUACGGAUCCAAAAGCUCACCGAAGAACGCUUGGGUCCCGGGGUAACAGGCUUCAAGCGAGAAGCUUCCCUCUGGAUGAGUCUCUUCAACCGUCGCACGUGGAAACGCACCGCCGUGGGCGUGGGCGCGGGCUUCUUCCAACAAUUCUCUGGAGUCAAUGCGUUUAUCUACUAUUCUCCGACGCUUUUCACGUCAAUCGGCCAGACGGGUGAGAUGUCGUUGAUAUUAGCAGGGGUCUUCAAUUGCCUGCAGCUCCUCACCGUGCUGGUCUGCUUCGUGACCAUCGACAAGAUCGGUCGGCGUCCCCUGGCGAUCCUCGGGGGCCUUGGAAUGGGCAUCUGCUACAUCAGCAUCGCGGCCCUGACGGCGGUCUACGGGCCGGACUGGUCCAACAAGGCGGUCGGGUGGGCGUGCGUGGCGAUGGCCUUCCUGUUCAUCCUCAUCUACGGAAACACCUACUCGCCUCUCGGCUGGGCCCUGCCAUCCGAGGUUUUCCCGACGGCCCUGCGGUCCAAGGGCGUUGCGCUGUCGACCUGUGUGAAUUGGCUGUCUAACUUCGUGGUGGGGAUUGUGACUCCGUCGAUGAUCGCGAAUAUUCCCUACGGGACCUAUAUCUUCUUUGCGGCAUUUUGUAUACUUGCGGGAGGAUGGGCGUUUUUGCUCGUACCCGAGACGAGUGGGAAGACGCUGGAGCAGAUCGACGAGAUGUUUGGGGACGGGGGUAGUCGAGAGGAGAAUGAAAUCAAGCGAGAGGCUGCUUCUGAAGUUGACAUUGGGGGAAACAGGCCUGAAGUGUAA